AUGCUCCCUCCGCGACAGCAGUCUCGGGUUGGAGGACUGCAAACGUCUCUGUCUCUGGUUUCUUCGGAUCCUCGUCUGUCUCCGGAGGAUCCUAGGUCAAACUCUGAUAAUCUCCGUGAAUCCCCUACUGAAAGUGCUAGUUCUAGAGAAACCUGGCCUACUGCUGAUGCAAUUGCUGCGAAGAAGAUGGAGAAUGGAAAAGCUGAGAUCGAUUGUCCUGAUCAGUCAGUUAUUCGUCGUGUUUCUAGUGCGGACAGGAUUAGUCUUCAGGACAUUGCUAGAGAAAGAGUGGAUGUAAUAUGUGAAAAAAUGCAUCGUCUACCUGAAGAGUUUUUAGAUGAGCUGAAAAAUGGACUUCGAGUUAUCCUUGAGGGAGGGAACGGCUCGCAGCAUAGAGACGAGUUUUUCAUUUUGCAGAAGCUUGUUCAGAGUAGAUCUGAUUUAACAGCAAAGACAUUGAUUCGAGCACAUCGAGCGCAGCUUGAAAUCCUUGUUGCUAUAAAUACUGGAAUUCAGGGAUUUUUACAUCCUAGCAUCAGUCUGUCGCAAACAUCGCUGAUUGAGAUAUUUGUGUACAAGAGAUGCAGAAACAUAGCUUGCCAAAACCAGCUUCCGGCUGAUGAUUGUUCUUGUGAAACAUGCACCAACAACAACGGCUUCUGCAAUCUUUGCAUGUGUGUUAUCUGCAGCAAGUUUGAUUUUGAAGUAAAUACAUGCCGUUGGAUUGGAUGUGAUUUGUGUUCUCAUUGGACUCACACAGAUUGUGCUAUUCGAGAGCAACUUAUCUGCAUGGGUCCUUCUGUAAAGAAUGGAUCAGGGCCAAGCGAAAUGGUUUUCAGGUGUCAAGCAUGCAAUAGGACUUCAGAACUGUUGGGCUGGGUUAAAGACGUCUUCCAACAUUGUGCACCAUCAUGGGAUGGGGGAGCCUUGAUGAGAGAGCUUGAUUUUGUUAGUAGGAUCUUUCAUGGUAGUAAAGACCAACGGGGGAGGAAUCUCUUUUCGAAGUGUGAUGAACUCAAGGAAAAACUGAAAAGUGGAAAAAUGGAUUCUAAAGUAGCAUGCAGGGCAAUAUUGAUGGUUUUCCAAGAGCUUGACCUGGAUUCUCCAAAGAGCCUGGAAAAUGCAGAAAGUGGAAGAUUGAUUGCUCCACAGGAGGCAUGCAAUAGAAUUGCUGAAGUGGUGCAGGAGGCUAUAAGAAAGAUGGAAUUAGUAGCUGAUGAGAAGAUGAGAAUGUUCAAGAAGGCUCGCUUAGCUGUUGAGGCUUGUGAUCGUGAAUUAGCAGACAAGGCCAGAGAAGCAGGAGAACUCAAGAUGGAGAGGCAAAAAAAGAAGUCACAGAUUGAAGAACUGGAGAGAAUUGUAAGGCUUAAAAAUGCAGAGGCUGAUAUGUUUCAGUUGAAGGCUAAUGAGGCCAAACGGGAGGCUGAGAGGCUCCAGAGGAUUGCUCUUGCCAAAUCUGAUAAAUCGGAGGAAGAAUAUACUAGCAACUAUUUGAAACAAAAAUUAAGUGAGGCUGAGGCUGAAAAGCAAUAUCUGUAUGAGAAAAUCAAAUUGCAGGAGAGUUCUCGGUUAUCACAGAGCAGUGGUGACCCCUCCUCAAUGCUGAUGUAUUCCAAAAUCCAUGAUCUCCUAUACAAUGGUCCUCCCAAGGCAGACAGUCAAUCUAACGACCGCCACCCUUUCCGUACAAACCCAUGAUGAGUAUCAGUUUAGUGUUUGUUGUAAUCUCUUACAUAUUAUUAUAGCAAUCUCAUUCUGUUGUACAAUUGACAAAGAGUUGGUUCAAUUCCAUUACAUUUGAGGCAGUAAAAGCCUUUAUUUAAUGGAAGAGGUACUAUUAAGUGCUUAUAAUUUAAUUUGAACUUUGAAACAAGGGUUGUUCUAUGCAGUGUAUGUAUGAAUAUGCUUCGUUGACAAAUUAUUAAUUGUUGCUUAAUUUGUGGAGUC